GUUGCCACAAGGCGGCACCCGGCUAAUCCGCGUAGAAUUUCCUCUCAUCGGUUCGCGUGUUUGUGUGCGCGCGCGUUUUUGUUUGUGCUCCGGGUUCGGUAAAUUCGAAGGACGCUCGAAUGAAUCAAAGGACUGUGCGUGUUUUUCGGCGCAGUUCUAUUCCGAUGCUCUCUUGUACGGGAGAUAAGAAACCGGGAAAAAAGGCAAACAUCUUGACUAAUAUUUGCGUUCGGCUGGAGUAAAUUUUGUGGUUGAUUGAGUGUUUUGAUGAGUGGUGACAAAAAGCAGCAUCGGCAGCAGCCAGUGCGUGUUUGUUUCGUACGUUGGACCAAAUUAUCGACAUUCGAGAACGUGGUGCUGUUCAGAAUUGGCCAUCCAACCUCCGUGUUUUGAACCACUCCAGUGAGUAACUAGGUGAACCCCGAGAGGCUAGGCAUUUCGCCGGUAGACGCUGUUGGGGGAAGCCAUUGGCUGUUGUUCGUUUGACAAAUCGUCAAACACAUAGUGAAUUAGCUCCCGUAAUAGGCCCCGAUUGGAGAACCGUAUCAUAGGUCGAUUAUAAUCGUCAUCAUCAACGGAGUCAACAAGCGAUUGUGGUUUUUGCUCUUUAUUCGAUUGGUAACGCAUCAUCGGGUUCUGCCAAAAUAGUGGGUACGCGAAGUGCUUUAAGCCCAUUGAAAUCGGAGGGGGAGAAAAACUAGAACACCCAUCAGGGAGUGUCGAAAACCCUCCCUCUGUGUCCCCGACUGCUGCUGAUGGGCUGGAGCGCAUUUUAGUGGUGGAAUGCAAUAUGUUAAUCUUUGGAAUAUUUGCUAUGCGCUAAUAGUUUUGGGUUGAAAUCGCGGUGAAACAGUUUCUGCGCUCUGACAGUGUCGCACUUUGUGGAAACAGGAAAGAACUGCUUUCUCCGGCGGUGACCGGCGAUGAGUGUGCCGAAGAACAUAAAGUAUUAAAGUAAAAGUUUUAUUUCCGCUCGUUAGGACCACUUAGUGCAGAGUGUUUGAAUUGAAUAAAAAGCGUAUUCAAAUGAAUCCAAAAGGUUUCCUGCGACAGGGAGACACUCCCAAAGGGUUGAAAGUGUGAAAAAGCUAUUAAUUCUCCGCUCCUUCCAUCGUCCGGAAGCUGACCGCGAGUGGACCCGACGAGUGUUGAAUACGAGCGACGGGUUGAAUUUUGCGAAGGUGCCAAGGUGAAAAUGUGAUAACUGUUGUCACGAAAAAAACUCUGUGUGUAAUAAUAGAAAAAUAAUCGUUUCCGGAUGCAUCGAGCGGAGUGCUAUUAUUGUGAAUAGUUUAUUCUAAGUGGAGAAAUUGUGAUAUUAUUAGAACAGAGAAGAUCGGUUAAAUAUUUCUAAGUGUAUGUGAGACAAGUGCGAAGAGUGGUAACUCAAAUAGAUUAUUCUAUUGUUCUAUUGUUGCGAAAUCGCGAUUGCCCGCAUACUGUUUAUUUGUUUAUGUCAGGCGAAGUCAAACGAGGAAAAUGAAAAUAUUAAGGCUAAUUUGCUGCUGCACGGUAAUCGGCAUCGUUUCUACCGUUGCUUCAACGGCGGCAGAUCAAUCCACCAAAGAACGGAUUCGGAUUCACAAAGAGUGGCUGGAGAGGCGUGCCGCUAGCCGUGCAAACACCAAUUCCAGUGCUUCCCAGCGGACAACCUACCUGCGAAAGUUGAUUAAAUUUAAGAAUGAACAUGAGCCCCUGUCGGAGAACGACAUUUCCUUUGUGCCACAUUUCAAUCACAACAAUCGAAACAACGAACCCGGCGACACCAAUAAUAGCAAUGGUGGCAGCCUCCAGGACACUGGUUCUAGCGUGAACGCUGUGAAACCGGAAGCCGGUGAAAAUAAUGAGGCCGAUCGGUACCGUUACGAAAUAGCAACAGAGAACAACAAUUCAUCCAGAAGCAGCAGCGGCAGCAACAAACAGUUGCAGGAUGAUUUGCUUCCACUACAGUCCAAAUUAUUGGAGCAUCACGCAAAUGUGCCAGAGACAUUCAAGGCGGCUGCUCCUGGAGCCUCGGUGAUACAACAACAGCGACAGGAUAAGCAAAAUACUACAACAGCCCAACAAAUUGAGGAUGUGGCCCAAAUAAAUGAGCAUGGUAAAACUGACGAGCAGAAACGCAUAAAUAAUGACCAGCUGGCGGCAGUGGGUGCGAAUGAGAGCAGUAGUUAUAAAUCAGGUGGAAACAGUCAUGAUACUCAAAAUGACGGCAGCACAAGCGGAAGGAAGCUAGAGAAGCAUCCGGCUACAAUUAAUAAUGAAACCACAAACGAUGAAAGCAGUACAUCUUCUACAAUCGUCCCGACCAGCACAUCUGCUGACGUUCCAUCCGAUCACAGGAACAACAGCAAGGAGCACUAUCAACACCAGCAGCAGCUGGGAAAUAUCACUGUAAGGAAUGUAUUUGGUCCCUGGAGUAACUGGACUGCAUGCUCCCGGUCUUGCGGCGGUGGAGUCAAAUCACAGCAACGGAAAUGCUGGCGUCGAGAGUAUAUAAAUGGCAAAAAGACUCCGACAGCAGCAGUGGAAAGCUACGAUUGUAUAGGAAUUCUGAAGCGCUAUCAUCUCUGCAAUGAACAGGAAUGCCCCGAUCCCAAGGCCGACUUCCGCGAGCAGCAAUGCAUCACCUUCGACAAUCAAACAUUCCAGGACAAGCGAUACAUUUGGGAGGCGUUUAUCAAAGAUGACGCCCAAUGUGAGCUGAACUGUAAACCGAUUGGAAUGCGAUAUUUCGCUACGUUAAACAAAACCGUCAUCGAUGGUACUCCCUGCAGCAAACCGACAGAGUACUUCCGGCGAAACAACAGUGGCCGGGGAAUCUGUGUGGAAGGAAUCUGCAAGGCUGUUCACAACAGUGGUGUAAUAUCCGGAACGUUUAUGAAUAAUGGCGCCGUUCGGUGUGGCACUUCCGUCUGUCGGCCAGUUUCAGCUAUAUACACAAAAAGUCAGCAAACGAAUGGUUACGUGCACGUGGCAACUAUCCCGGCCGGUGCGUACAAUAUCACCGUAACCGAGCUGCAGAACAGCCAAAACUAUCUCGCACUGAAAACGGCCGACCAUCAGCGUUUCAUAAUCAACGGAGAUUACACAAUUUCGCUCAGUGGCAUCUACCAUGGCGCUGGAACCAUAUUUGAGUACCGACGGAUAGACGGUCUCAACAAUGGUUCGACAAGCAGUUUCCGCAAGAUCGAAGGCGUCACCGAAUGGAUAACAGCACCCGGUCCCACCACGGAAGCGGUACAGCUGUACCUCCUGUCCCAGCAACCAAACCCAGGUAUUAAAUAUGAAUAUCUGAUGCCGGUUGCCACCGGUCCAAAUGCUGAGCAAACGUCUGCCGAGGAUAGUAGAGUCGAUGGAAUUUCGAACGAAAUCUCAGAGAAGGCAAAUAUCCGUGUACCCAAGCAACGAACAAUCAUGAACACAACAAUCUUUUCAAGCACAGUAAAACCUCUGCGGAAGCGAAAGUUUCUCUGGAAGGUUAUUGGAUUCAGCGCGUGCAGCAAAUCCUGUGGUGGUGGUGUUCAACAACCGGUCAUAAAAUGCGUUCGUGAAGCCCCUACCCGGAUAUUCUCGCCGAAACGUUGUGCUCAUCUAACGCAACCUGUUCUGAAUGAGAAUGUUCUACGCUGUAACACACAGCCCUGUCCAGCUUACUGGAAACUAUCCGAAUGGAGUGAAUGCAACUGUAAGAGUAAACUGAACGAUGAAGAUGUGCUGAAAUCGAGAGAAGUCAAGUGCGUUCAGGAGCUUAUCUCGGGCAUAGUAAUACAGGUUAACAGUGGGGCCUGUAUGGAAGAACAACCACCUGCAGCUGAGAAAUGCGAGUGCGCAAAACACACCAAAGUCCCACAGCCAGAGCCACACAAACACAAGCCCUCGGCUGUGAACCAUCAUCAUCAACAUCACCACCAUAUCAGCCACAUUACCCAAAACGAUAUGCAGAUGCAGAUCGACAGUGAUCGCUAUGGACGCCAGAAUCUGGACUCUAAUCGAAUCAGCCAGAAGGUGGAAGCGAAGAAGACUGGAAUGUGGUUGACAGCCAACUGGAGCGAGCGCUGUUCCGCUUCUUGUGGCGUUGGUUUACAGACUCGUUCCAUUUUCUGCGAUCGGAGCUCAUCGACCAACGCGGAACGAUGUGAUCUACGGUUCACACCGGACACUACCAGGGAGUGUACAAGCGAUCGUGCUUGCGAAUUCGGUGAAUGGUUCACCGGACCUUGGGGAUUGUGUUCCGGCGAUUGCUUCAACCUGACCAGAUCACGAACGGUUUUGUGCAUUCGUAAUGACAACUUUGUCGCCGAUAGUGAUUGCGAUGAAAUAGAACGACCCAAAUCGAAUGAACCUUGCGACAUCGAAACGAUCGACGACUGCAAGCCCAGAUGGCACUAUUCGGAGUGGAGUGAGUGCACCAAAACAUGUGGCAGUGGCAAUCAGCGAAGGGUAGUCAAAUGUCUUGAAUUUAACUUACGUGACAAAAUAAUGCAAGAGUCGGCCAGCUGUCGCUAUGCCGAUCGUCCGAUCGCGUAUCGAACAUGCAACGAGGAUUCUUGCCCGCCAUCAACAACGCCCAGCACGACGACGGGGCCAUCACAGGAACCAUACGUGGAUCCAAGGGUGGAUAUCAUCCAGAAUGACGCCGGCUGCCAAGAUGAUUUCCCCAAUUGUGGCAUUGUUAUCAAAGCGAAACUAUGCAGCUACGCGUACUACAGCCAAGCUUGCUGCCAAACGUGUCGAAAUCGGUCGAACGAGUUGUAUUAGUUCGGUUGUACCGUUGGCAAGCCCUGGCCAAACCAGUGAGUGAAUACUUAGUGAAUUUUAAAGAGUAGAUGGAGCUUAAGUUAUUGGCGCUCUCAGCUGAUAGAGCAGCCUUUCCGUGAAGCAAGCAUUACAUUCAAUCCUACUGCUAGCAGUAUUUUAUCCUUUCAAAUGUUUUUAGAAUCUGAAUCAGUAAAACAAUAUUUGUAAAUGAGACAAUGCAUUUACUUUAAAAUGUUUUGAAAGAAUAUUUAAUAUAUACAUUACAUUAGAGCAAGCUAACUUUAAGAAAUCAAAAUGACUGUGAAGAGUUCGACUAAAAGCCACGUGUGUUUAGCGUUCGAGAAUUCAAUCUUUUCAUGUUCCCCCACAUUGGAAGAAAAAACCAGAAACCGAAGAAGCAAACCAGUCCCUCAUUGUCAGUAGCUCUACGAUGUUUUUAACCCGUCACAGGAUGUGAGAGAGCACACAUCAAUCUCACCUUUAGUAUGUAAGACUCCAUUCUAGAGUUUGUACUAUCCCAAUGCAAAUUAGGAAAAACAGCAAAACUUGAAUAACCAUUCGUUUGUUGUAUAACGCUAGACAGUUUAGGGCAAAAUGUUUGAGUGAAGGAGCAUGCAGAUCAAAGAAACGCGCGCAACAUAUUUGUGGAGAGAUAUGUUGCAAUUAAUCUCGGAGAAUGGGUGUAGACAAAUAUCAACAAACAUAACAAAACUGUUGUUCAAAACUAAACCGCUAGAUGAUCACUACAUUUGAAUAAAUCACCCAAGUUAAAAAUAA